AUGGAAUCAUCAACAUUAUCAUUAAGUAGUAGUAGUAUUAUUGGUAAUAAUAAUAAUAAACAAAUUGAAGAUGAAUAUAAAUUAACAUUAAAACAUUUUAAGAAUAAACAAUUAAUUAAAUCAUUUAAAUUAAUUUAUAAAUUAUAUAAACAAUCAUUUAAUCAAUUUAAUAAUCAAUUAAUAACAGAACAAUUGUUUAUCAAGAUUAUUAAUUUAUAUCUUAUUGAAAUUGGUGUAUUAUUAAAACAACAACCACAGGAUGAAGAUAAAUAUCAAUGUACCAUAGCAAUUAAUUCAAUUACUAGUAAUGAAUUAUAUAAUCAAUUAAUUAUGAUUUAUGGUGAAGAAUUUAUUCCUAAUGAAAUAUUAUAUAAUUAUCAUUUAAUGUUAAUUACCAAUUAUCAAUUAUUAAUUAAUGAUAAAUUAAAUUAUUUACAAGAUUUAAAUCAAAUCAUUAAUAGACAACUGAAUACUUCAAAUGAUAAGUACUUGAAUAAACUUAUUAAUCUAAUUGUAUUUGAAAUAUUACCAACUUUUGAUGAAUUUAAAUUAGCUGAACUGAUUAUUAAUUCUUCAAAUAUAUUCAAUGAACAAUCAUUAAUUAAAUUAAAUGAAAUUAAACAAAAUAAACAAAAUAUUUUAAAACAACAACAACAAGAAGAACAGCAACAACAGAAACAACAACAACAGGAACAAGAAUUACUUAAACAACAUCAAGAACAACAACAAAAACAACAAAAUUUAAAAUAUAAAUCAUUAAAAGAAAUUCAAAAACAAUAUCAAUCACAGACAAGUGACGGUUCUUCUUCUAUUAUAAAGAAUAUUGAAAAAAGUCCAAUUGAAGUUAAUAAAUUACAUCAAUUAUCAAAUAAAUUAAAAUAUCUUAUUAAUUUAUUAAAAGUUUAUAUUAAAGAUAAUUCUUUAAUAAUUAUUAUAAUUAUAAUAAGUUCAUUAAUAAUUUCAAAAUUUAUUAAAUUAAAUCGAACCAAUAUUAAACAAAAAUUAUUAGAUACAAUUAAAAUGGCAUUUAAAUUUAGUUAUAUAUAA